GACCAGGCUGGCCUAGAACUCACAGAGAUCCUCCGGCCUCUGCCUCCCUAGUGCUCGGAUUAAAGGCGUGCGCCACCACUGCCCGGCCCUUUAUGCAUCUUUUAAAAACAGCAAUUCUGUGGUUUUGUGGGUGUGUUUUAUUAGGGAUCCUAAGUGCCGGAACUGGUUACUCCAGAAACAAACAAAAACUAACCCAGAGAUUUUGCUAUCAGAGUGUCAAAUGUAUCGAGAUUUUUACAGCCUGCCAUUGCCACUGACCUUCGUUUGCUGAAGUCUUGGAUCGUUGUGCGCUGGGUGAAAAUAAUACUUUUUGCUUAAUGAUUGGCUACUUUGAAACUUGUCAGUUUGCCCUGGUUUUCUCUGCAUUAGGCUGGUUAUGUCUGGAGAUUGAGUCGUUUGAACCCGAUGAAUGCUGAUUGAUGUAAAUAUUCAGUUGAUCUUUUAAAAAGUGGCAUAUUUCUAUUUCUAAACUAGAAACGACGGGGAAACAACUAUUAUUUUACAAAAUAUAGUGCAUUUUAAAUAAUUUUGUCAUUGGAAAAAUAAGAUUUUUAUUGUUAUAUUUUCACUAAUUGGGUUUUCAUUACUGUUGCAGUGUGUUUUGCUGUUUUCAUCAGAUAACGAACUUGCAUCUGCCUUUCAUUUAAAUAGUUUCCUGAUGGCAUCUGAUGAAAUGAUCUGUAUUUAAAGUGCAUUUGACUUAUUUGUACUCUAACACUUGUUUUUUUCCCCUCUAGGAAAGGACACUAUAGAUUGUAUUUCCCCCCUUCUUCCAUGGACUUAGUGUAAACAUGUUUUUUUCUGUUUGAACUUAGUUCUUAAAGACAGUUCCCAUAGAUUCAUAUCAAAUAUAAGAAACAGGGGUAGGGUAGUUUAACCAUGAGUUGUGGAAAGGAGUUUGUGGAAACAUUGGAAAAAAUUGGUUAUCCUAAAGCUGAUACUCUUAACGGAGAAGAUUUUGACUGGCUGUUUGAGGCUGGUGAAGAUCAGUCAUUUCUGAAAUGGUUUUGUGGAAAUGUUAAUGAACAGAAUGUGUUGUCUGAAAAAGAAUUGGAAGCUUUCAGCAUUCUUCAAAGAUCAGGCAAGCCCAUCCUAGAAGGAACGGCAUUGGAUGAAGUUCUUAGAACCUGUAAAACUUUUGAUUUGAAGACACCUACACUGGAUGACAAAGAGAUACAGAAAUUAGAAGAUGAGGUUCAAAUGCUGCAGAAAUUAUAUAACUUAAAAAUUCAGCGACGGAAUAAAUACCAGUUAAUGGCUUCUGAAACUAGUUACAAAUCUCUGGCAUUAAAUGCUAAACAAGAGGAAGCUACUAAGAAGCUAAAACAAAGUCAAGGAUUCCUAGAUGCUGUGAACACUAAACUCAGUAAUGAACUUCAGGUUCUUACUGAUGAAGUUAAUAAUUUGAUGAUAUUCUUCAGAAAUUCUAAUUUAGGUCAAGGGACAAAUCCAAUGGUAUUUUUAUCUCAACUUUCCUUGGAAAAAUACAUAAGCCAAGAGGAGCAAAGCACAGCAGCCUUAACCUUAUAUACCAAAAAACAGUUCUUUCAGGGUAUACAUGAAGUAGUUGAAACUUCAAAUGAAGAAAAUUUUCAACUCUUAGACAUACAAACACCAUCUAUUUGUGAAAAUGAAGAAAUCCUUGGGGAGAGACAACUGGAGAUGGCUAGGCUGCAGAUAGCAUACAUCUGUGCCCAACAACAGAUCUUAUACCUGAAAGCAAGUAAUUUGAGCAUGAAGUCAAGUAUAAAAUGGGCAGAAGAGAAUCUUCAUAGCCUAACCAAUGAGGCUGUUGGUAAAGAAAAUUUGGAUGCUAAAAUUUCUAGCUUGAACCGUGAGAUUCUAAAACUUGAAGAACAAAUCACUCAUAUGAAAGACAAAAUUUUGCCUGCUGUAGUAAAAGAGAACGCCCAGUUAUUGAACAUGCCGGUUGUAAAGGGAGAUUUUGAUCUGCAGAUUGCUAAACAAGAUUGUUAUACAGCAAGACAAGAGUUAGUUUUAAAUCAGUUGAUAAAGCAGAAGGCAUCAUUUGAGCUUGUACAUUUAUCAUAUGAAAUUGAGUUGAGAAGACAUUGGGAUACAUAUCGGCAACUUGAAAAUUUGGUUCAACAACUUAGUCAAAGAAACGUGGUGCUCUGUCAGCAAUUAGCAACGUUAACGGAUCCGUCAGCAUCUGAGCAGUUAAACUCCAGGACUCCCAUCAACACUAAAGAUUAUUCUACUCAUAGGCUUUAUCAACUUUUAGAUGGAGACAAUAAGAAAAAAGAAUUGUUUAUAACCCAUGAACGCUUGGAAGAAGUGGCUGAGAAAUUGAAACAAGAUCUUUCUCAAAUACAAGAUCAAUUGGCAGUAUCUACUCAAGAACAGUUUUUCUUUCUGUCCAAACUGAAUAAUGAUGUGGACAUGCUUUGUGAUGCUUUGUAUCACGGAGGGAACCAGCUAUUGCUCUGUGAUCAGGAGUUAAUGGAACAUGUUCAUCGAGUUGAAUCUAAGUUGAAUAAACUAAAUCAUCUCCUUACGGAUAUUCUUGCUGAUGUGAAGACAAAAAGAAAACUUUUGGCAACUAAUAAAUUGCAUCAAGUGGAAAGAGAAUUAUAUGUAUAUUUUUUCAAAGAUGCAGACUAUCUAAAAGAUGUUGUGGAAAAUUUAGAAAACCAGUCAAAGAUUAAGACCUGAUCUUAAAGACUGAAGAUUUCUAAAACUGAAUCUUUACUAUGCCUGCUGUGUUUUAAUUUUUAACUAUUAGGAUGCUAUUUCUAAUAAACACUACUAAUUUUUCUUUUGACAUUUACUUAGUGUGUGGGGAGGGAUGGGUAUAUGUGCAGUCGUGUACAGUAAUUAGUGUGUACCAUGUCGCAUGUGUGGAGGUGAGAGCGUCUUGCAGGAGUUGUGUUACUCUUCUACCACAAGAGCUCUGGGAAUGGAAAUCAGGUCGUCAGUCUUGGUAGCAGAGAUUAACCCACGUCAUCAGCCUCAGUGCUACUAGGGUUAUAAAUUUAAGAUCAACAGAACAUUUUAUUUGAAUAGAUUCAAUGUCAAGUUGAACUUCCCUAAUAUGAAAAUUUUAAAUACUCCAAAAUUUGAACCUGUAUUUUUAAGCAACUGGAAUGUUUCUCAAAUGAAAAAUUCUACAUCUGAUCUUUCAUGGCUUGUCAGUCAUAAAAUACAUACACUAAGUUAUAAAGCUACCUUCAGUCUUAGUUGUAUAAAAUUUUGUCUGAAAUAUGAAUGAAUUUCACAUUUUGACUUCAUUUCUAUCUCUAAAAUUUAUAAUUGUAUACAAAAAUUAAAAUAUCUGAAGCACUUUAGUUCCACUCAUUUAAGUUAAGGGAUGUUCAGUUUGUGACAUUGGUUUUGAGGUUGUAUAAACAUUGACUGGCUGACCAGACUGGACUUGAACUCACAUCAGGCAUACUACCAAGUGCUUCUCAUCACUGUUUGCUUGGUGCCACUUUAUCUUGUCAAAUUUUUACUUGCAGGAAAAAAACAUGGUAUACAAAUGUUUUAAGUAUAACUAAAUUUCCUUAAAUUGGCAUUUUCUGCUGUUGGGUAUUUCAAAAUUUUUGUAGAAUUUGGGGUUUUGUUUUUUAAGGUUUCUGUUAUCUGAGGUCAACUGUGAUCUGAAAAUAAUUUUAAAAAAUGACAGGAGUAAAGUUUUUUUUUCAGAAGUAAAGUUUUAAGUUGUAUGUCAUGGACUCUGAAGCCUCCCACCUAGGAUGUGUUCUACCUUUGUUUAGUGUAUGUAUGCUACAUACUUGACCUUUUUUAGCAGGUACAUAGAUUUCCAUACUAUGUGUAGUUUCAUUGCGGUUUGGAAUUUUAUCCUUUGUCGGUAAAGUAAUAUUAUUGUAUAUUCAAUAGCCAAGUCUUGUGUUUGACUAAAGUAAAAUUCUGCUGAAGUAUUUUCCCCUAAUUUUCUGUUGUAAUUUUUGGAAGUUUAAAUGUGUCUGCUUGUAUCACAAAUUUUGAGCAUUUCUGUUUUAGGGGCUGGGUUCUGGUGGCUGUACUAGAGCUUUAACCACUGUGAUUAUAGCAUAAAUAAUGAAAUUUGAAAUAUAAGUUUCAAAAUUAUAUACAAAUGGUUGCUUAAAGGAUUUAUGAUAUAUAUUUAAAUCACUUAGAAAAUGUUGGACAAUUAUUUAAGAUUUGAAGUGGCUUUUUAGUUGGAUUUUUUUCUUUUUAUAGAUUCAUUUUGUUUUGUUUUUAAGGUAAGGUCUUAAAUCUUUUCGCCUAUAUUGGUCUUCAGUUUAUGAUCCUGACUUGACUGUGCUGGGAUUAUGAGUGUAUACCACCGCACGAAAUUUCCUAUCGGUUAUUUUAUCAAAAGCUCCCAAAGAGUUCAUUUUAUGAUAUGUCUGUGUCAAAUAAUAAAUAUUUUAAGUUCA